AGGACCCUGGGGUUUUGCACGGGGAUUAGUCAGGCUGUAUUUGGAAACGCCCUCAACUGCACCUUGUGCUGCUAUAUUAGUGUUUCUCAAGCAAGAGGAAUUUUCUUUUGCUUCUGCAGCUGCUCCUGCAAAACCCUCUGCAGAACAGCAAAGACCACAUCAUAGAGCAGACCAAUUCUUAAAAGGAUUUGGUUGGGUUUUUUUGGCAGCCUGUAUGCGAGCCCUGUGUCUCUGGACUCUGCUUGCCACCUAUGCUGUUGCAGUAGGACAAAAUCAAGGACAGAAGAAUCAGGAGUGCCCUAAACUCAACGCACAGAUGCCAGAAUUUCAGAAGAAGACUGUCCAUAUUAAGGACCCAGGGAGAGUAGAGGAGAUUAUUUGUGGCCUCAUCAAAGGUGGAGCUGCCAAACUUCAGAUUAUUACAGAUUUUGAUAUGACAUUAAGUAGAUUUUCCUGCAAUGGAAAAAGAUGUCCAACUUGUCAUAGUGAGUACUUUUUUUUUUUUUUUUUUAAUAUGGAUUGGUUUGUUCACUCCCUUUUAGUUUUCCUACAUUUUAAUUUUCUAUCCAAUUUAUAUGUUUUAAUCACAAUCUGUGUGAAAAUCAGAGAAGGCUAUGAGAACUUCUUUGAUAAGCUCAGUGAACAUAAUAUUCCUGUGUUCAUAUUUUCUGCUGGUAUUGGGGACAUUCUUGAGGAAGUUAUCCACCAGGCUGGGGUCUACCAUUCAAAUGUCAAAGUGGUUUCCAAUUUCAUGGAUUUUGAUGAAAAUGGAAUAUUAAAAGGAUUUAAAGGAGAAUUGAUUCAUGUUUACAACAAACAUGACGGUGCCUUGAAGAAUACAGAGUACUUCAAACAACUAAAAGACAACAGUAAUAUCAUUCUGCUGGGUGAUUCUCAAGGAGACUUGAGUAUGGCAGAUGGAGUAGCAAAUGUUGAACAUAUUCUUAAGAUCGGCUAUCUCAAUGAUAAAGUAGAUGAGCUUUUGGAAAAAUAUAUGGACUCUUACGAUAUUGUUUUGGUGAAAGAUGAAUCCCUGGAAGUUGCCAACUCCAUCCUACAGAAAAUCCUGUAAAUUGCAGUCUCAGGUCACUCCAUUCCUUCCAGGAGGCAACUGGACAGAAGAGCACACAUGUGCUGUCUUAGAUGUGUUUAUAACUCAUUUACAGAACUGUUUAAUUUAAUUUAAAACUUUUAUCUUCAUUUUGGUAUUUGGAAACACAUAUGGUAUCCACUGUCAACUAGAAGCUCCUUUUACUGCUCUUGUGCUGUUCUUUAUUGUCUCACACUCCUGUUAUAACUAGAUUUAAAUUAGAUUUAUAGAUGUGAUAAACUGCUGCUGCUGCUGGGAUACUAUGGUUCACUGUCUUUUAAUCAGGCAUUUCAGAGGAGCAUUUUAGAAAACGUGACUAUUUUGUAAAAUUGAAGAUAUAAACGUUCUGUGAAUAAGCAGCAUGCACAUUUGUGUUGCCUUUUCUUCUUUCAAGGAAGAUGUUUCAGUCUCAGCUGUACUUCAAAAGCUCUCACUCAGAUGCUACAUACUCCACAGUUUUUCAUACGUACAUUUUUCUUCAGUAAAAAUUCUUUAUUCACCCAAUUCAGACAAAGUGUUUCUUAACAGACUUUUGUAUCGUUACAAAAUUACUGUCUCCUUACUGUUUCUUUCUCCUCUGUGGAAUGGGAAGCAUGGUUUAAGUUAGUGUAUCUGAGGUAGUUUCUCGUCUUUGUAACAACAGAUAGUUUCCCAAGCUAAUAGGACACAGCCAAAAUUUCAGCCCCUUUCCAGAUCUUAUUUUGUGUACUAUUUCACUUCUAGCCUGCUGUUUCAUGUCAAAGCUAGCAUGGCUUGUCUAAAACAAUUUCUCUUGGAAUUCUCAAUGAGCUGCUCCAGGCACAGAAAAUCAAAACAAAGCUCGAUCUUAAUCUUGGAUUUGAAAAGCUGACUUAGCCAUCUUGCAAAAUUAAGAUUUCUUGCUACCAGCCCCAUGCCUCAGAAGCACUUAAGGAACACCUCUCCAGACUGGCUGUAGGUCACGUUGCCACCCUCUGCAAAUUGUGAGCCUAAGUAUCAGCGCAGCAUCUAGCUCCUCUAGCUCUGUUAUGCCAGUCCUCUCUGUUUGAACACCUACUGAAUCUUCAUAGAAUCAUCACAGAAUGGCUUGGUUUGGAAGGGACCUUUAAAGGUCACCUAGUCCAACCCUCCCUGCAGUGAACAGGGACACCUUCCACUAGAUCAGGGUGCUCAGAGCCCCAUCCAACCUGACCUUGAAUGUUUCCAGGCAGGGGGCACCUACCACCUCUCUGGAGAGCCUGUUCCAGUGCCUCACCAGCCUCACAGUAAAAAAUUUCUUCAGACAGUAUUUUCCAUGGGCUGAACACAUUAGUGUACUUCAUAUACAAAAUGAUACUGCCUAAUUUAGCUGCAGCUUUGGAAGCUUACCCUGAGAUGUUUCAGGAGAAGUUAAAGAUGGUGGUGUGACCCUGGUCCUGAGAGAGCUCAGCUGUACCAGCUCUGUUCAUCAAUAAAGUCGAGGCAAUCAUACAA